AUGAGUAGGGAACAAGCUAAAAAGAAGAAACAAAAUUGGACAAAAGAAGAAAAAGAAACAUUAUUGCAUGAAGUUGAUCAAAGACGGUCCAUACUGUUUGCGAAAUUCUCCAUUGCCAUCACAAAUGUUACUAAACGGAGAGAAUGGAGUAUUCUUACAGAAAAACUCAAUGCUGUUAAUACUGAACAACAAAGGACACUGACAGAAGUUAAAAAGAAAUGGCAAGAUUCGGUCAGCCUUGCCAAGAAAAAUGAAUGUCAACGUCGUAAAUUAUUAAAGCAGACAGGGGGAGGGGAAAAGCCGCCCGAUUUAUCAAGCACAGAUGAAAAAAUCAUUCAAAUUUAUGGCAAUGUUGCAGUUGAAGGAAUAACUGGUGGUCGUGAUACAGCUAGUGUGAAUACAGCCGAAGUUGAAGUUACAAAUACUUUGGAUGAGAGCGAUGGUGGAAAUCAGCAAACACUCUCAAGAAAAGAAGAUAAAAAUCGUUCUUCUAACAGUUCUAGUGACGGCCCUGAAAACACUGACCCGCCUACAAAUUUCGCCUAUUCAGCCAAUGAACAGUCAACAGAAACACCACGCCCAUCGACAUCUUCAACUGAGAAAAAUUUAAAGCGGAAAACUGAAGUUGAACAUCCACUUGUUGAAAUAGAAAGGCAAAGGCUAAAAGUAGAUAAAGAAAUAUUAGAAGUACAGAAAUGCUUAUUGCAGGUUGAAAAAGAAAGAUUGAAAAUUGAAAAAGAGAGACUGGAAGUGGAAAAACAAAACGUUAGAGAUGAAAAAAUCUAA